GCUCGGCGCAGCCAGCAGAGGUCUCCGGAUUAUUCCUGGCGGCCUUUUGCAAGAGGCCGCCCUGCUGCUCCGAGGAGCCUCGCCGAGGUUGCGCUUCCUGCGCCUGACUCAGCUCGCGUCCGACGCCGGGAUUGGCUGCCUGGGGCCGGAUCGAAGGGAUCUCGCCGCAGUAACCCCUAAGCAGCCAGCGCGGGCGGAGAGAGGCGGCCGAUGGUGCGGCUCCUUUUUGCUUCUGGCAGACAGGGCGAGCUUCAGUUUUUGCGCGGCUGCUGCAGCGGCGCGCGUCGUUGCGCGCGGGGUGCUUUCGCGUGCCGGAUCGGAUCUCCCCUGCAAAUCCCAGCUGCUCUCGCCCGUUGCUGCAGGUGAAAGGAUGGUGAAUGAGGAAGAGGAAGGGACUUCUCAGCAGGGAGGCCCUAAGGCGGCAGAACUACAUGGGGCGCAGUCGGAAAGCUGCCCCAGGCUGGCCUCCCCAGACCUUGAGCUGGAGGGAGGGGAAAUCAGCGAGAGCAGUUCGGAGACGGACCCCAGGAGCUCUGCCCAAGAACUGGAGAACGACUCCUUUCCCAUCAACGGAGACGCCCUGGGGAAUGAGGCCGGGGGCGCCUGCCCAUCGCAGACGCAGUAUAUCUGUCCUGUUUGCGGGGAGUGUUUCAACGGGAGCUCCUGCCUUUCCGAACACCAGCGAGUCCACAAAGAGGAGAAGUCGCACGCGUGCCCCGUGUGCGGCAAAGGCUGCAGCCAGCAGGCGGAAUUGGCCGACCACAUGCAGACGCACACGGACGAGAAGCCCUUCACCUGCCUGGAGUGUGGGCGGAACUUCCUCUUCAGCUCCGACCUGGUUUCCCACCAGAAGGUCCACACCGGGGAGAAGCCCUACAUCUGCCUGGAGUGUGGGAAGGGCUUCUCCCAGAGCUCUCAGCUCAUGUCCCACCGCAGGGUCCACACGGGCGAGAAGCCCUACGAGUGCAUCAUCUGCGAGAAGAGCUUCCGCUCCAACUACGACCUGGUCAACCACCAGAGGAGCCACACCGGGGAGAAGCCCUACAUCUGCUCCGACUGCGGGAAGAGCUUCACCCGCAGCUCCCACCUGAUCUCCCACCAGCGGGUCCACACCGGGGAGAGGCCCUACCCGUGUGGGAUCUGCGGGAAGCGCUUCCGCGACUGCUCGCACCUCAUCCGCCACCAGAGGGUGCACACGGGCGAGAAGCCCUACGAGUGCUCCAUCUGCGGCAAGAGCUUCCGGGUCAACUACGACCUCGUGACCCACCAGAGGAACCACACGGGGGAGAAGCCCUACGCCUGCCCCGACUGCGGGAAGGGCUUCAAGCGCAGCUCGCACCUCAUCUGCCACCAGAGGGUCCACACCGGCGAGAGGCCCUACCCCUGCGGCAUCUGCGGCAAGAGCUUCAGCUACAGCUCCGACCUCAUCAAACACCAGAGGAUCCACACCGGGGAGAAGCCUUACGAGUGCCACAUCUGCGGCAAGAGCUUCCGCAUCAACGCCGACCUCGUCACUCACCAGAGGAUCCACACGGGAGAAAAGCCGUACACCUGCCCCGACUGCGGGAAAUGCUUCGCUCGGAGCUCGCGACUCGUGCACCGGAGGACCCACACCGGGGAAAAGCCCUACGUCUGCCGUGUGUGUCUGAAAUGCUUCAGCGACGGCUCUGCCCUCGUGAAGCACCGGAGGAUCCACGCUGGGGAGAAGCCUUACACCUGCCCCGAGUGCGGGAAAAGCUUCUCCCAGAGCUCGACCCUCAUCGCACAUCAGAGAAUCCACACGGGCGAGAAGCCCUACAAAUGCCCCGUGUGCGGGAAAGGCUUCAGCGUCAGCUCCAACCUCGUGGCUCACCAGCGGAUUCACACGGGGGAGAAACCUUACGAAUGCUCCUUCUGUGAGAAGAGCUUCCUUGUCAGCUCGCACCUGAUCAGGCACCAGAGGAUCCACACGGCGGAAAAACCGUACAUUUGCCGGGAGUGUGGCGAGUGUUUCACGCAGAGCUCUCACUUGGUCGUCCACAAGAGAAUCCACACGGGGGAGAAACCUUAUCUGUGCGCCGUGUGUGGGAAGAACUAUCGGGGGAUCUCCGACUUCAUUCUGCACCAGAGAAUCCACACAGGUGAGAAGCCGUACACCUGCCUAGAGUGUGGGAAGAGCUUCCGUCAGAGCUCGUGUCUAACUAAACACCAGAGAAUCCACACGGGAGAAAAGCCUUACGAGUGUCACGAAUGUGGGAAGAGCUUCAAUCGGAAUUCGCAUCUUACAAGGCACCAGAAAAUUCAUACUGGGCAGAGGAAUGCCAGGCAGGUGCUUAUAAAAUAAAAGUCUUCCGUUCCGAAGUGGAAAGUUAGGCUUAUUGUCAUCACUGGCAUUUGGCGAAGAGAAAGUCUAGCUGGUGGAUAUUCUCCUAUCUAUUGCUGUAGCCUUUGUUGCACCAUCCAGCACCAUGGAUGUCUCUAAAGGAAUCCAAUAUUUCCCCAGAACUUGAUCUGCUGCUGCUGUUAACCUUGUUGUAUGAAUACGGUUAAUCUAAUUGUUGCUGCUUUUGGAACAACAGUUUUUGGGCAACUGUAUCCCUGCAUCCGUUACAGAAAACCUGUGCUUGCGAACCUGCCAGCUUAUAGGUUUUAUCCUCUUAGAC